UAACAACAACAACAAAAUAUUUAUUUUAGUGGCAGAGAACCAAAAUGAGUGAAAAUAAAUCAUUGAAUACAUUUAUUAUACACCCCGAAAUUGAACCAGGUGUAAUUGACAAUGCAAUGAUAACGAGAUGCAUACUUGAAUAUGGUCCAACCGAGGAAGCUGGAAGACUAUUCGCUGAAGAAGGAGUUCACUUAGACGAAGCACCAAUAGUUAGAUUAGAGUUUCAAAACAUACUGAGAAUUGAUCACCUUUGGAUGCUUAAAUCACUUCGCAAACUUACACUGGCUCACAAUUUAAUUGAAAAGAUCGAAAAUUUGGAACAGUUAACAGGUCUUAAUGAACUAGAUUUAUCUUUCAACAAAAUAGAGAAAAUUGAAAACCUUGAAGCUCUGGUUAACAUAGAAAUAUUGACGUUGUUUCACAACAAAAUCAGGAAGUUGGAGAAUAUGGAAACAUUAGAAAAACUUCUCGUCUUUAGUAUUGGUGAUAAUCUCAUAGAAGACUACAAAGAGAUGGCAUACUUACGGCAAUUUCGUUUUCUUCGUUCCGUCAGCUUUAAAGGUAACCCAUGUUGUGACGAUCCAAUGACAAACGCGUUUCUCAAAUCAGCUUUGGUUCGAGUAAGCUACUUAGAUUAUAAACUUAUAACAGACGAGGAGAGAGAAAAUGGAGCAGUAUUAUUCCGUGGAUUGCUUCAUCGAUUGGAUGAGGCAGAUGAUAAGUCAGAGAUUGCAAGACUAGCAAAAGAAGAAUAUGAUGCCAAAGUGGAGUUCUACGCGCUUUCGUUUGUCGAAUAUCUGAGUGGGCCGGAGUUACUUGAGUCGAUGUUCGAGAAGGACCCGGAUGGCGCUCUGCUAUUGCAGCUCGGUGGAGAACUGUUGGGCUUCUAUGAACAAUAUAAAGAAUUAUACGUUGAAACGAUGUCUGGUCUGGUCGAAUUUGCUCAAGAAGCGUAUAAUGCCAGACAAAAUGAAGUGAAACUUUUUAAGGAUCUCGUAGACAAUGCAUUAGAGGAUAGUGUCAAGAGAAGUAAAGUUGUCGUGGAUGAAUUUCAAGAAAAGAAGAAACCACUGAUGGACCAGAUGAACGAAAUAAUCGGUAAAGUGACAGCUAAGCAAGCGACCUUAGAGCAAAUGGAGACAAAUAUUAUCGACGCGGGAGAAAGUUUUAACGAUAUUGUCUAUGACCUAUGGAAGAAGUUGAUGACGAUUGAAAUGCAGUUAUAUGAACAAUGUGAGGAGUCCCGAGUACAAUUUGCGGUGAACUUGACAGAGAUGAUAACAAAACUUCUGGAGGCUUCCAGAAAUGCAUUCGGAGCGUGGCGUGAGCACGAAGGGAUAUGGUCAAUGCGACAGUUCGAGACACUCUCGAAACUAUUAGGGAAUAAAGUUAUGCUGGGAGAUGCCCCGCCUGCGCUCUUUGAAAUAAUGAUGGACCGUGAUCUGAUGAUGAACUUGGUUGCCCAGUCCUCGGACAAUCACAUGAGGUUCAUUGACGACCGAGAAGACCGUCUAACGACCCGUGCUAACAAUUGGCGAGAUGAGCUGGUACAGGGCGCUAAUGAUAAUGAAAUAAAACGGAACCGCGACAGAAUUCUGGAGAUCUACUACUUCAUAGACAACCAAAGAGAAGAAUGGACUGACAUGCAGAUGAGUAUGACAGAGACAGUUGACCCCGAAACUGCGGCAUUACUGGCAGAUGAAUUUUAAUGUAGUAUUUAUACUAAAUAUAUAAUAAUAUAGUAUUUUAUAAA